AUGACCGAGAGCACAGGAGCUACAGUCAUGCCUUGGCUUACUGAGCUCGAUGCUAUCGAUAUCUCGUGGAACACAACAGCCUUCGCACACAGUCAUCUCGGUAGACUCCCUCGGGAGCUGCUUGGAAGCAUCGUUGAGUUCGUUCCGAGUCGCGAUCUACCCGUUGUUGCACGCAUAGGCUGGGUACUACGUGAUGUAGCAGAGAAACGCCUAUACGCCGUUAUUAACAUCGAUUACGAAAGGACUGCAUUUCUACAUUGGAAAGAUGCUACAUGGUCUCUGCAUCGUACCCUAACCCGGCGGCCGGACAUUGCAAGGGCAGUCAAAGAAGUCCAAAUCCAGCUCUUCAAUAAGGACGUCAUCGUUGACACAGACACCUCCACACUAUUUGCAGGUGACAGAGUCUUGUCGUCUGCCGCCAAGGUUUCACUAAAUCAAAUCUUCAUUGGAGGACAGAUACUACUGCAGCACUUAACAAAUGUCGAUCGUUUGUGCGUAGCUCUCCGCCAGUCUACAACGCAGAGCUGGCAUCCAGGACUUCAGAAGUUGACUUACCUCGAGUUCGCUGGCGCUGAGUUCCACUGGGUCCUAGCCAAAUUGCCAUGCCUUCAAACGUUGCGCCUGACGCGUCCAUGUGUCAUCUUGCAUGAUGGUGCGGUGAACGAAGUCAAUACCAGUCUCAAGACUCUCAGCAUCAUGGCUCGCUUGGAAAUAUUGCAAGAAAACAGCCUGAAUUACGCUACUUUCUCACCAUUCCUCGCUCACUUUCCUUCGCUGGAGGAACUCGAAGUGAGGGUUUACGACCUCGAGGUUGAUAGCAUGCGUUUCGCUCAAACUCUUGGUUUCCAGGGCACCGAGCUCAACUACACUACCUUGAUCAACAGGAUCAAUGUAGUCGCUGCUCAUCUGAUAAAGCUCGACAUAGGCGUGUACGAUGACGAUGGAGUCCACGAUAUCGAGUCCAACAAUUUCCUCCUCGAAGUCCACCCCGGUCCUGGCUUUCAGCAAUUCAAAGCACUCAAGAACCUGGUGGUACCCUAUCAGUGCUUGUUGGGGCGAACAUCCUCGUCUGUAGACACCCUCCCAUCGCCUGCGACUAUCCUGCCCGCGUCGCUUAAAAGUCUGCAAAUUGACUGCCCACAGAUACACCUGUAUGAUUGGCUCACUCGCGUCGAAACAGUCCAGGAACAAUUUCCCUACUUGGAGAAAAUCACUGUCCAUUGUCAGGGUCCUCAUGGCGACGAUUACGCCGAGUUUUGUUUCGUCAACCACGGCCACCGCGCCACCGGUAUCAUGUUUGAGAUGGGUAUCUAUAUGUCUGUCGAGGGCCGAGUGCAAGAUUGGAAGGCGGAGUGGAACGAGUACGAUCUCGACAUACUCCGCGUGAUCGAAUGGCUCGAUUGUCUCCAUGCGUAGGGAGGGACUUGCAGGCGAGCAUAGCGGGGAGCGACACGAAUUUAGAUAGGUCAACACAGCACUGUAAUUGAGUCUCUGACGUGCACCGAGUGCAGUUCCCUCAUCCGAUGUUGUGAAGUGCACCUGGGCACUGCAGAAUCGUCCGUGUGACCCCCCUCAGCCCAUCGAUUAUCACCUCCCACCAGUAUACUGCACACAUCAGCGUUCCGAGUCCUGAUGAAGCCACCGUGACGACCAACGCAUGACCGUUUCUCCGCCGCACCCAAUCCUGGCUCUUGGCAUUCCACUCCGCACAAAACCCUCAACCCACUUUUCGCGGCGCACAGUCCCCAUCCGAGCAUUAGCCUCAUCCGCACAAACACCGCAGGUGG